CUACUACCUUGACUUCAUUCGUCUUCUAAACUUGCGAACUCUUCAAUCAUGGCCCUUCCUAAUGCUCUUUCGCGGGCCAUUGUCCCACUCGGUGUUGCGUUUGCAGUCGCCCAAGCGAGUAUUUACGAUGUCCCAGGAGGGUACCGCGCAGUUAUGUUUGACCGGUUCCAGGGUGUCAAGGACAUGGCUACUGGUGAAGGAACGCACUUUUUGGUUCCCUGGCUGCAGCGCGCCAUCCUUUAUGACUGUCGCAUCAAGCCUAGAAACAUAUCUACUACGACUGGGUCCAAGGACUUGCAGAUGGUCUCAAUAACUCUGCGUGUCAUGUCUCGACCCGACACCGAGCACCUGCCCAAAAUUUACCAGAGCCUUGGUCUCGACUAUGACGAGAGGGUGCUCCCUUCCAUUGGCAAUGAAGUUCUGAAGGCCAUUGUGGCUCAGUUCGAUGCUGCCGAGCUCAUCACGCAACGCGAAGUGGUUUCGUCAAGAAUACGCGCAGAUUUGUUGCAGCGUGCCGGGGAGUUCAACAUCAAGUUGGAGGAUGUUUCAAUUACCCAUUUGACGUUCGGCAAGGAGUUCACGCAGGCGGUCGAAGCCAAGCAAAUUGCUCAGCAAGAUGCGGAGCGGGCCAAGUUUAUCGUGGAAAAGGCGGAGCAAGAGCGUCAAGCGGCAGUCAUCCGUGCCGAGGGAGAAGCAGAGGCGGCUUCGACGAUCUCAAAGGCGCUGGACAAGGCUGGGGAGGCGUUCUUGGCACUGCGCAAGAUUGAGGCAAGCAAGGCGAUUGUGGCCUCCCUUGCGACGAACAGCAACGUGAGCUAUAUCCCGAGCAGCGGGGGUGGUGUGCUGUUGAAUGUGCCUGCAAACAAGUAAUAUUAAUUACUAGUAUAUAGUAUAGUGUUCAAGUAAAGCCAAUUUGU